CAGCCACUGCAACUGGAAGCGUAGAGAGAAGAGAGGAGAGGAGCAGCUGCUGGACCGAUGGAGAAGAAGCAGGAAUCUUCUCAUCAGUACGGUUCACUGGAGUGCACUGAAUGGAGCGGGGACACCAAAAAACCAGACGACGACGUGGUGUCGAUGGCGGACUCCACCAUCACCGUGGACGACAUUGAGGGGGAGCUUUUUAAGAUUGACAGGAUCAGAGACGUGCUGGUCAGGAGGGAGUCAGAGCUCAGAUACAUGAUGGAUGACAUUCAGUUGUGCAAGGAGAUCACUCGUCUGAAGAAGGAGCUGCAGAAAUUAGUAUCCAUACCAGAUAAUGACAAGUCCAACGAUGACCGGCAGAAGGAGGAGGAACUCCUGCAGCAGAUCCACAAGCUGGUUGAGACCAGAGAUUUCCUGGUGGAUGAUGUAGAGUUUGAAAGACUCAGGGAAAAAGAAGAAGACAAAGAAAUGGCAGAUUUUCUGAACUCCAAAUUUCCAACAAAUAUGAAGAAGAAAGGUGUACCACCCAGACGGGCGCCGUCCAGAGCUCAGCAGACCUCUUCUCCUUUCGCCAAGACAGGCCUCACCCUGCUCAAGGAGUGCUGUGGCUUCACAUGCUCCAUCAUGUAGACCGGGGUCAAAACGGUGGACUGACAUAGGGGCCAAAAACAAGAAUUGGCCACUCCGAGUUAAUAUUUCCAAUUUCAGCUUUUCAGUCCAAGAUAGACUUUGAAGCAUGGAUGGAGCAAUGCAGCGGAAGUUGAGAAUUCCCAGGCGCAGAGUUAAGGAUGUUGCAAAGAUCAUGUGUUUUAACACUCAAAUUUGUCUCGUGUUAGAUAUGUUUGUCCCUUACAUUAGAUUUUAUUCGUGGUUUUUUUUUACAGCCUGUCCAUGCUCUCUCUCUCUCAUCCCACUUUUGUCUUAAUUCUCCCUCCAAAUUAACAGCAAUCAAUUCAGUUGUGGUAUUUAUUUCUCGUUUCAAGCUGAGAGGACAGGGUUUAAAUGAUAGAAACAGUACAACACAAGGUAGGCAUGUAUGGUGGACAGAUUCAUCGGAAUAAAUCACUGUAACAUGCCUACGACGUCCAUAUUUAAAGGACCUCACUGGGCCUUGACAGCAACCUAACCUCAUUAAAAAAAUAUUGUUUUGCAGGCCAGUCUAGACACAAUGCUGGAACUAUAAAAACAGCAUUCAGGAGAUAACACUAAUGAAACUGACAUUAAACAGGAGCUCUGUUAGGUAUAAUUGCCCGUUAUUUGAGUCUCGAUCUAAAUGGGUACGACCUUUUGAAAGUGGUGGUUUGUGAAGAAUCAAUGGGUGUCUCGUUAUGCUCAAUUCCCCUUUAUUGAUAGUUCACCAAUAUUCAGUUGUUUUUUUUAAAUGAUGCAAAGUAACAUUGAAGAACAUCACACAAUACAACAUGUUUUUAUUGUUUUGCUUAUUCUGAUUUGGCAAUGCUUUAUUUUUUUUCCAACAUAGAUAAGACACUACAGCAUUUAACAGGUAGUACAGCAGUUACAAUUUGAGAGCAAAGGUGUUAUUUAAAGGCGUGUAAUACACACAGGUCCAUGUUAUUGUAUGCUCCUGAGUAACCCAAAGUAUCAGUCACUGAGGCAUACUUUGUUUUGAGUGGAUACUUUAUGUUUCCUAUUUAUUCACGGUCAAGGGCAAAACCCUUCAGUCCGUUUCCACUAUGCUAUUAUGUUAUGUAUUUGUUUCCAUACCAUAUUUUAUCAGUUUCUAUGGCAUGAAUAUUUACCUACAGAAGGUGUAUGAAAGGCUCUUGAAUGGCACUUGCAUUCAUUACGUUGGGCACAGGGAUGCAGUGGCCAAUCAAACUAUGGAGCACAUCUGUGUUGCCAAGAAGAAUAGUUUCCAUAGCAACCUUCUAUACCCCAUUUCUUUACCAUACUGUAAGACAAUGAGGAAGGUUGGAUGGAUCCAAGAGAUGACAACUCAUAGAUGUGACCAAAACAGAUACCCGAGUGCCGUCAUUGCUACCUCAUGAAUGGUAGACCAGUGUUGUAAUUGUAAUGACUUUCGUAUUUUCAUAUGACACAGACCACUUAGGAUUCUACAACAUUGUUUUCCAAAAAUGAGUCUCUGAAUCCCUUUCCCACUCUUAAAGAUAGAGUAACAAUGGUUUCGAAAUUAGGGGAACACAAAGCUGCUUUGCCUUAUAAUGUGGAAGCUAAUUAAAAGCACCUUUAAUCAUUAUAGAUAGUACAGUUUGCUUUGCAAUCCUGUUUAACGAAGCAGUGUUCUUGAUAGUAUAUUCCCAAAUACUCCUUGGGACGGAUACAGCAGUCUCUUUGUUUGCACGAUCUCUUGAUAUUCAGUCUCAACACUGUCAGAGAGGCUUUGGGUCACAUAUCACCCAGCAACCACAUCCAUCGCUGUCAGGGAUGUUCACAGGGGAAUUAUAUGUUAGCCAAUACUGUUGAAAUAACAGCCAUAGUAGGAACACAGAAAUUACCAGGAAAAGUAUUUUUGUUAUAAACUGUAUUUAAGUUCGACGUGAAUGGAUAACCAGAUAACAAAAUGUGUUUCAAAAUGUUUAGUAUUAUACAGUAAAGUAUAUUUAUAACCUCAGAUUUUAAGAAGAAAGUAAUGGCCAGUUAAACAGGAGUUCAAUUAAAGAUAUAAUAUAUUGGACACACAUUAGGGGUAUUCAAACAGCACUUAGCCUGUUAGCUAUGAGCUAAGAAUAAUACAGUCUGAAAAAUCCUGGAACCUGAAGCAAAGCAAUGAGUUCAUACGGAAAUGAAUAAUGGCUUUUCAUAUCUGUUCUCAUGGUUGAACUGCACAUGGAAUACAUACUGCAUAUCUCUUUUAUCUGACAAAGACCUUCAUCUUAUGAGUAAUUGUUUUUAUUGUGGGAAUGUGUGACAUCUUUCUGUUCAUCAAUGUUCACAUUUAGAUGUAAAACCAGCUGUUCACACCAAUUGAUGGUUGAGUGACAUCCCCUAACUGCGCUCUGCAUGAGUCAACAGCAGAUUCAAUAAUUAUUUGAGACGUGGAGCAGAGUGUUCAGCCUCUUAGGGGAGACGAAGGGGCACAGGAGAGAAAUAGAGAGAGGGAGAAUGACAUACUGUAAGAAGAAAGGCAGAAGUGGCCGAAGGUAGUUGAGAUUAAGAAAAAGAGAGAGCCUGACAGACCGCAAGAGCAAGGGGAAGGGCUCGAAGUUAGGGGGUUUUGAUCUUCAGUGUGAGUCAUCCUUAGUGUGAACACUGUGAGUUCCCACAAGGGCAGCUUGCAGUAAACCGACUUGUAAAGGUCAUGGUUGUCACUCAAAAACCAUACUCCUGUACCGCCCUGCACAGCUCUGUGUGUAGAAGAGGAGAUAGCACAGUGUGUUUGUACAUGUGUGUGAGAAAUUAAUAAAUGCAAAAGGAAAUACGUGAGUCUGCGCUUACCUUUGCUUGUUUGCAUGCGUAGUAACAGGAGGGUUAUAAUGAGAGGUGUAAUAGCUGUAAUUGCUUUGUAACUAUGGUUACUGUGACAUGGUUACUUUCACUUCUUGUUUUGUUUAGUCGGGCCAUGAAUUAACCUCCGCUGGAUUCUGAUGCGAAGCUGAAUGUCUUAUAAAACUGCGAGGGAGCAAUUAUAAGAGCCUGUUCUAUAUAGUUCAGGGGUUAGGGUUCUUAUGUUCUCAGUCUGCAAAAGUAAUAAAUGAAAUCUCAUCUCAAGAUUCAGUCUCAUUAAUACAAAUUUUAGGUGACAAAUGUUUGGCUAUGAAUUAUCACAGAGACAUUUUGACCGCUCUUAAGAUGAAUCGUAAUGACCCUGUCUUUUCCAAACGCUCCACCAAGAGGGUGGCAUUUGGGAUUUUGAAUGAAAUAUCCCUAUAACUGCUGAACGAUUGAUAUGACAUACAUGUUUCCCUCUGAAUCCAACGUGUAGGAUUAAGGAGUAUUUAUUUGCAAAAGUGUUAAAUAAUAUAUGUAGGUUUUCUUCUGUUUUACCACCUUAUACAUAUAAUUGUUGUGUUUGUGUUAGCCCUUCAUAAGGUCAUUGUAGUUCUUGGAAAAGGAGUUGGUUGCAAUCUGCAAAUUCCCAUCUAAAUUCCUUAAAUCUUACAUACUCAGAUGUGAUUUGUGUUUGGUGCUAAUUAGCAAAUGGUUGUAUGUUAAAAUAAGAUGGUUAACAUAGUAAACAUUUAACAGCAGCACUGCAUCAGCAUGUUCACACUGUAGCCUCAUGCUACAGUUAAAUUAAAACGGCAAGUACGCCUCUGUGUGUGUCCAGAUCCCUUGUUAGAGUAAUAUCUCCCACAUGCCCUUUUUAAAGCAGCUUCAAUGCAGGGUAAACACAGAUGGAAUUGAUACAAUUAAUUAGAAUCCUAUUCUGUUUAGUGUCUAUUACAGUGAGCCCUUAUGCACAAGGCUAUUAAUGUUAUUGGUUACACCUGUGUUUACCCUUCAAUCAUAUGUCAUAAUGCCCGCUGCAAAAGAGGUGUAGUUUGGAAAUAGUUCAUUUCCUGCUGAGAGUGACAUGAGAAGCUGCUCAAUAAAGCACAAAGAUGCGAUGCAGGGGAAACAGCCUGGCUCUUUGUUCAGAAAUACGCCCAUACUAACACCUCUAAAGCUUACUAAUUAACAUGUCAGUUAGCUGCUGGUUGCCUGGCAACCUUGUGGUGAUUAUAAGACUCUAACAUGCCUUACACAUGGAUGUAUUAAGAGGGCUGGAUAGGUCUUAAGGUGCCCCAGUGGUGGUGUAAAGACCAAAUCCCCCCAAGAGCCUUUUUCCCAAAAUCUGUAAAACUGAAAAUGCAACAAGGUCAAUACUUUUUUCUUUUCAGUUUUCAAUCCAUGGAGGUUUUAUAUUAUGAACCUAUACUCUAUAAUAUACUAGCCUCAGCACAUUUUCUACUCAAUUUGUCUUAAUCACUGAUAUUGAAGCUCAUGUUUGGCAACGGCCAGGGGGUCUUGGUCAGUUUAUCUGUGAUGUUGAACUUGACUGACACCAAUGUUAUGGUAAGAGGGGAUUUCCUUACUGGAUACAAUGGGAGGAAGCUGUAUUCCCAUUCAUGAAGACACUUGCUGAAUCCAAAUGUGUAACUCGGUCCUCGGACUGUAGUUUUAUGCAAUCUGGCAUUGACUGAAAUGCUCAGUAUGUCUGUGUGACUGUAAAAGGAAGUAGAAGGGUAAGACUAAAUUAAACUGGCAAUGCCUUGUAAGGAAUGUACUUAUUUUAUGUCAUAAUUUAUAGUAUAGAUAGGACGGGGUGUUCUUUUACGUACUGCAGAUAAUAUGCCACCAUUUCAUCUCUUUGAGCUGUUGAAGCUGAUAUCUAGAUCACCCACAGUCAUUCAAUGGACACGGCCUGAGAGCAGAUUCCAUAAAUAUUGACAUGCGAAAAUGAUGGACAACCUUGAAGUAACUUAACAAAUGUGUUCAUGUAUCUCCAGAAACAUCCACAUUAGAGUUUGAUUUGUGAUGGGAUGAGGUCCAUCAACCUCAGAAUUAACCAACCAUGCAAACAAUAAAUAUUACUUUUUGUUCCACACCAGGAGACCAGCAUAUUUCCAACAGAUUUCAUCAAAACAAAGAGCAAAUGCAUUUCGUAUGUUCUUUCAUCAGAACCACUUCAAAGCGAGUCUGAUGAAACUUGGUAUAGCAAGCGUCUAUCUUAAUAUCCUGGGGUGUUCGGGAUCUUUGAUUUAUUUUGGGUUUACACAGCUGGCACCCGAGAGAGAAGAACAGCUGUACAUGGGGUAUAUUUAGUUUUUUGUAGAUAACUAUUCAUUUAAUAUUCUUCUUUCUUUUUCUUAUUUUUGGCUUUUUAUUUGGAGCUUUGGUCCCUACCUGAUCCCAUGCUUUUUCCACUUCUGAAGACAAUAUAUGAUGCAUUUUUUGGACUAAACUAGAUUGAUGUGGAUAUUAUGUAAAUGUCAUUAUUACGCAGUGUUUUAUGUGCUGCCAUAACAUUGCAACAUUGAUUUAAUUAUCAUGAAUUGUUUAACUAACUUCUGUUUCUAUUCUUUUGUACACCCAAUACCGGAAGACUAAAUAACAGAAAUACCUUACUGUAAAAUAUAAAACAAUUGAAUGUGUCAGAUUGCAUUAGAUUUAGUUGUGCUUAAAAAAUAGCCACUGAGUGUAUAUUAUCCUUGCUGCAUAAUAUGAGAGCAGUUUCUCAGAAAUGUGUCCAAAGCAGAAACAUGUAUUUUUUUCCAGACCUGCAAGAGUAGCGAUGAGGCAAUUUGUAUGGGGUGUCAGGCCGUUGCUAAGAGGGAACACUCUUCAUGUUGAUCUCAUAAAGGUCGAUCUGCUCUGAGGCGCUUCCUGUAAAAGUUCUUUGAUCCGUGCAGGACCAGGACUCUGUGUCCUGUCCAAUUAACAAUCCCCUGACAUCCACACACUGGGGAUACCAGCUGCUGGUGUGCAAGCAGCUGGAGCCUGCCCACUUUCUAUUCUCUCAUGUGCACAACCAUAGCGAUGAGUUGUACUGGAUAAUCACCGUGCAUAACAGUUGAUGAUGAUUAUGAUGACACAUAAUAAAAGUAAUUUGAUACACUUUCCACAUUCUGUCCAACCACCCUCUGUCAUUUAAAUAGUCAAGCUGUUUAUUUUGUCCUCAGUCCAGAGGUUUCUAAAUAAUAGAAACGCUCAAUAUCGCAGCAACUGGUAAUGAUAGCGUGGGCAGUCCCCUUUACUUGGAACAUUGCAGUUAUCCAUUAACUCUCUCAUAAAGUCACCAAGGCAGGAAACAAAGCUGAUUUCCUCUCUUUCAAAAAAAGCAACUGUGACUCAUGCCACAGUCAAUCCUCCCUGCACAUUUUCUCUCUCUGCUUUCAUUCCUCCCUCCCACAAAAUGUGACAUCAAAACAGUCUCCCCCCAUCUCUAUCAAAAUAAUCAAAUGAUUACAAUGGAUCAGGUUGCCAUGUCCGUCUUCUGUUUAUCUCCCUCUCAAUAUGAUGCAGAGAUGCCAUGCAAAUGUGUGUUUGCUCAGAUAAAUGCCAUAGUAGCAGUGACAGCGUGUGAUCAGGGUUAGGGUUGAGUAUGACCAAGAGACUUAUCCUUAGAAAAAUCUUUCUCUCUUCUCUGUCUGGUUUAUUUAUUUCGUUCUCAGAGUUUCUUUUUAGAGAUUCUUUAUUAAAUGUUAUUGCUCAACAGAUAAAAGGAAAUGUGACUUCUGUGUUUAACCCUGUCAUGCAUAGUUUGCUCGUGAAAGA